UGUUUCAUUUUGUUUUUCAUGCAUCCGUUCAUGAGCAUUUCAGACUAUUGGAUUGUUGAUUGUAUUUCGGAGUUUCUGUGGGUCUGACAUGGUGUGUAGGAUGGUUACCCGACUGUGUCUGCUGUAUCCUUGACAAUCCACUGAAGUCACAGAUGUAGCGUAGCAACAUCUAGUUUAUCAUCAGUGGGGGUUUCAUGAUCUCAGGUAUUUGCUGGAUGGAUGGGCGCUUAGAGGGACAUAAACUUUUGCAACAUGAAAGGUAGGUAUAUAGAGCCAUGAUAAUUUUAUCUAGUGCAAAAUAGACAAGCCAAAACAAACUCGUCUGUUCGUGGUGGUUUUUUCCCUAUUCUCUGUUUAGGUUUUUUUCUGGUCUGGGGACUUUUCCAAAGUUUGGACUUUGUGUGUUCUGAGAGCUGUGUGCAGGCACAGGACUAUGUUUGCAACCAAAUCCCAACAGGUAAAUGAUUUUGUACACACAGGUAAUUUUAUCUUUCUAUACAGUACAAAAAAAAGAAAUUAAGGUAAUCUAUUAUGUUAUGCAGUAUGUCGGUCAGAUAGUGAAGGCGAUCUGAUCUGGUCUUGGCUUAAAUCAUAUUUCUAUCUGUUAAUGUGUAUCAUCCUUCUAGGCUAUCCUCCUGGCCUGUCCUCUGUGGUGUUUUUUCUGAGAAACAUGGGUGAGAUCAACUCGACGGUUUUUAACGACACAAAUCUGUCCUCGGUCACCAGCCUCACUAUGACACAAAGCGGAAUUACAGCUAUAGCACCAGGGGCAUUUUCCCAGUUCCAGAGUCUCAAGAUGCUCAAUUUACGCAAUAAUGAGCUCUCCCAAAUUUCCUCAGACUGGUUUAUCCAUAAAAAGGUACUAGAGAACCUCCUCUUGACAAAUAAUAGCAUUACGGCUUUGAAUGAAAAUUCCUUUGCUGGCCUUGUGGGACUCUUAAACCUGAACCUGGCCCAGAACCAAAUUCACACUAUUACAUCAGAUAGCUUUCGCUUCCUGACUAGGUUAAGACUUCUGGACCUGUCCCACAAUAAGCUAAGACAUUUAAGUGUGGAUACCUUCCUUCCGUUAAACAACACUAAAACAUAUGGAAUGCAUGGAAACCCCUGGGACUGCUCCUGCAGUGUGUAUGAGUUCUCUCUCCAUCUAAGAGAUCUACAAAAGGCCUCCCUGCUGCAGAAUGAGAUGGAGGUGCUCUGUGAGAGCCCAGCUCAUCAGCGAGGAAGACCUGUGUGGAAUGUGUCCAAAUGUGUGAAUCCUGUAACCGAUAUAGCCCUUACAACUGGAACUAGCCAAACCCUCACACCAGGAAGCACUAAUCUGUCUACGAUUAUCAGCUUAGUAGGUAGGUUUUGCUAAACACUGGAAUGACAUGGUGGCUGUGACUCAGGUGGUAGAGCGGGUUGUCCAUUAAUCGUAGGGUUGGCGGUUCGAUUCCUAGCCCACAUGACUCCACGUACCGAAGUGUCCUUGGGCAACACACUGAACCCCAAGUUGCUCCCGAUGGCAAGUUAGCACCUUGCAUGGAAGCUCUGCUACCAUUGGGUGGUACUUUGUGCCCUGGUACUUGUUAUCUGUGUUUUGUCAGCUUUGUACCACAGAAAACAAGAGCAAAAACAUCGAGUGAUCAUCCAGCCUUUUCUAGAAGAACAAGAAAGCACAAGACAAGCCCAACCAGACUACAGAGCAAUGCCAGAAACAUCUAACAAGGUGAAAUCUGUUUCCUGUUAUCAGAAAAGUAAACAGUCAGAUAACAGACUUUUAUUAAAGCUCGACCAGACAGCACUGGAGUCACAAAUUUACCAGAUUUACAGCGCAGGAAUAUACCAAACAAGAGAGAUGACUGGCCGAGUCAAAUCUGCAGGGCCUGUACUCUCUAGAACUGAUGGCUCUGGGAGACGUCCAAACACUGAAAUGGAAGAUCCAGGAGUGUGGAUGGUGAAGGAUCAAGAAAUACGCGCUGGAUGGACAGAUCAGGAGCUUGAGAAGUUAGAUGGUAAAAAGACUGAAUCGAAGGAAAAAGAAGGCGAGUAUGGAAGCAAAGAAGAAGAGGAACAAGCAGGAAAAACUGAAAUGGAUAAGAAACGUAGUCGUGUUGAGAGACAAGAUGAUGAGUUUAUCACUACUUUGAAAACAGGAAUCAAGUAUGAGCAGAAUUUAGAGGGAAAUGUACAAGAUCAGGGAUUUCUGCAUACUGAAGCCUCUGUGCCCAGUGAGGAAGAAUUUGAUUCUGAUGAGGAUGAUUAUAAUUCAAACUCCAGUUUGGCAAGAUCUCAAUGUCCUCAGGAGCAUUAUGAUAGCUUCCAGCCUGUGGAAGAAGUUGAGAACAUGCCUUACCUCACUAUUGGAGCUGAUCCAGAAAAACAAAGCCCAAAUCCAGAGCAGAUUUGCACUAAGGCUUCCACUGAACAGUUGAAUUUAAGACCCAUCAGGCGCACAUUGUCCUGGCCUCCUACUGCAGCUCAGUGGAAAAAGCAAUGGGCUCAAACCCAGCAGGUCCUCAGUGUUUCUCCAAAGCUCAUUUUUGUCACGCAAUAUGAGUAUCAUAUAGGCAUGUUUCCCUCUGGCAUCUCUUCAGCUAUUCCAGAAAAUAUCCCACAAGCCUGUUGUUCAGGGUUUCCUGAACAGCAACUACAAAUAAAGGACCUUGAACACAUUCAGUCUGCGGAAGCUUCUAUGAAAAUUGGCGAGUUCGUCAAUCAAUCUUGCACCCAAGACUUGUCCAGUUUGACCAGAGAUUAUGUUGAGAUAAACGAAGGACAGUCUGAAAUGAUCAAAAGUCAUCCUCCAGUAAAUAGUGAGGCACAUUCUGACUUGGUCACUAUCAAACCACUAUGUGAAAGGAUGAGCUCUGAAGCUGCCAAUGAGGUGAAGAUGAGAAACAGCAAGAAGAAAAAGACAAAUCAAACUCCAAAGCAUGAACAGACACGAGCAAUAUCGGGGAGGCAGCCGAGAAGAGCAGAAAGAGAUGGAAAGAAAGUGCUAAGAGACAGACAGAGGGAUCAGUCUCACUCUGGCUCAGGUGCACACCCUUCUGGAGGAUCUCCUAGUGAUGACAACCUGCUAGUGGAUAAUGAGUACACCUUCAUAGAUCUUCUACAUGAGGUGGUGGAGAACCAUGGCCGCUGGACACGAGACAGGUGGAGGCAAAGUCAUAUGAGCAAGCAAAAAACUAAACAAGUCACUAAACCUUGAGGAACCACCGUGGCAAGCCAUAAAAUCGACAGUAGUUUAGUCUAAUGACCUAAUGACCUUUUAAUUAAAUAAAUGGGCAGCAGGAAAAUAUAAUGUGCUCUUGUAAACUAUAAGGUCAGUUACUAAAUGAAUUUAUAUCACAGUGUUGUUGAAUUCUCAAAUCUGAAUUUUCUAAAAUGGCCCUCCACUAAUAUUGGCACCCUUGGUAAAUAUGAGCAAACAAGGCUGUGAAAAAUUUUCAUUUUGAUAAAUUUUUUUAACAAAAACAUUUUGAUGUUUUGUUAAAAAAAAUACUCUG